AUGGCAUAUAGCCUAUCGCAUUCGUACUUUGGGGCCAGCUUCGUCUCGGAUUUCAACUGGAUUAACUACGCAGACCCUUCCAAUGGUUUCGUCAAAUAUCAGAGCCAGCCAGAUGCCCUCUCCAAGGGCCUGUAUUCGAUUGACCCCGCCACGCAGGCCGUGACACUCGGGGUAGACCAUACCAACGUCUACGGCCUCGGUGAGGGUCGACCGAGCUUAAGGCUUGAGAGCAAGCAAGUUUAUAACUCAGGUCUGUUCAUUGGGGACUUUGCACAUAUGCCGUCGUCGGUGUGUGGGCUGUGGCCUGCGUUUUGGAUGUACGGUCCCAACUGGCCAACCAGCGGAGAGAUCGACAUCAUCGAGGGCGCAAACCAGGUCACCAGAAACAUCGUCUCUGGGCAUACAACACGAGGCUGCAGUCUGCCGAGUACACCAGCAACCAGCGGGCAGGCGCUCUCUACCGACUGCACGAGUCCAGGAGCCAACAACAACGCCGGCUGCAACUACCUCCCUCCCGCCUCGAACUCGCAUACCUACGGAGACUCGUUUAACGCCGUGGGUGGUGGUGUGUACGCUCUCGAUUGGACAGAGGAGAGCAUACGUAUAUGGCACUGGCCGAGACAGAGCAUCCCGGCCGAUGUCAAGUCCAAGAAGCCUGAUCCGUCUACAUGGGGUUUGCCGACUGCCUUGUUCGGAACGUCGACCUGUGAGGUGGAUAAGUAUUUCAAGGACAUGAGCAUUGUGAUUCAGACGAAUUUCUGCGGUGACUACGCCGGUAAUAUCUGGGGCCAAGGGGACGAUACUUGCAACCAGCGUGCUCCGACCUGUGUAGAAUACGUCGCGAAGAACCCCGGGGCUUUCAAGAACGCGUUUUGGGAGGUCAACUACAUCGACGUGUACGAGCGGGGAGCGACCAACAACACCAGCGCCGCAGCCCCUCAACCAACCACCACGACGACGGUCAAAGUCACGUCCACAGUCUUCACAACGGUACCAAAUCCCGCAACACUCUCAAAUACCAUGCUCAUUUCAACCACCAUCCAGUCCGUCAGGCCCUCCGUCUCUACUGCCCCAACGAGCCCGUCUACUGACCCGCUCGUCCCCGAACGACAACCGGCCACCAUCGAGGGCUACGCCUUCUUGGGCUGCUAUGGCUCCGUAACUGGAUUCCGCACGUUUAAAUCCCGAGCGUCGGCUGGCGACAUGACUCUGAGGAAAUGUGUCAACCUUUGUUCGCCGGAAAAAUAUGCUGGUGUCCAUGAAAGCGAAUGUUUCUGCGCAGGCGAGCUCGACCCAGAUACUAGAGCUGAAGCGGACCGGCUGCGCUGCAACAUCCCGUGUCCUGGUAACAGUACAGAGCCGUGCGGUGGAAACGAGAACUCUUCCCCGAUCCCUUCGCGCCUCAUACACAUGCACCUCCAUCGCCGCGCCGCACCGGCGAGCUACCUCCUCACCAUUUAUGGCCGGGUCACCGACGAGACGCCCCCGCCUGCGCCGCCUCUGGGCGAUCCUGAACCGCACACGCCCUCCACUUCGACUGUGAUAACGACGGUGACCUACACGACUGUCAUCAACGGCUCCAUGGGGCCCACAGAGCACGCCACUACAAUUUUGGUUCCAGGAUGUAGCAAGUACUGUGGCAGCGGCGGGCAACCGAACGCUGUGAGUGUGCCAAUGGCUACCACGGUAGUCCCAUGCAACGCGUGCGGUCCCCAUGGCGAGAGCGAGGCUACGAUCACGGUGCCAUUGCAGAUCGCCGCAGCCCUGGUGACAACCGCCGCAACGGGAUACUGGCCCAGCGGGGGACCAGUCACAACAGCUCCCCCGGAGGCAGCAACGCCGCGUCCGUCCGUGGUGUCGAUCAACUCGGCGCCGGAUCUGCAUCUCGGGUGGCCCGUGUGCGUGGGUGCCGCUAUUGCGGUGUUCAGAUUCGUAUUGAUGUUCUUCUAG